AUAUUCAAGUCACACCGUCCACGCGGAUCACUGUGUCUGGCGUUCCUCCAUUCAUCCCGAAUGAGGCGCUGGAACGGGAGCUGAAGCGUUUCGGUCUGCUCUGCUGUCCCCAUCGGCCGCCCCACCAACUGGCUCAGAGAAUGCCGUGCCACCACCAACCUCUCUGUCCCAGCACUGGAGGUGCUGCCGGGCGGAGGCUGGGACAAUCUCCGAAACAUGGAUACAGGUCGAGUCAUGAACAUCAGCUACUUCCAGUGCCAAACCACAGAGGACGGGCUCUACCUAAUCCCAGAUGAGGUGUUUGUCAUCCCCUACAAGGAGACGGGUGUGGAGACCAGCUCAGAGAUCAUCAACUCCUGGCUGGAGCAGAAGAGCUCUACAUCUCACAGCAUUAAUGCGGACAUAUCUUUCCUAUCUGCGCUAAAUGGAAAAUUCUCAAAAGAGAACCAAAGGAUGAAAACCCACCAGGUCAAAGAUUCUUCAACAACAACCAGAGUGCAAGUUCGUAACUUCAUCUACACAGUAAAGGUUUAUCCUGACUUCACUCUGGAUGCACGUUUUGCUCAACAAGCCAAAGAAAUAGCCGAUGCAAUUGAAAACAACCAAACAAGAAACGCAGACUACCUCUCAGAGAGGAUGGUGUUGGACUAUGGGACCCAUGUUAUCACUAGUGUUGACGCUGGGGCCACUUUGGUGCAGGAAGACUACCUCAGUUCUUCAUACGUGUCAGACAAUUUGUCCGAAGGUUCCUCUGUCAAAGCGCAGGCGGGCUUAAACUUUUUUGACAAACUCAAAUUUGACAUAAGCAGCCAAAAUACCCAGCAAAGCUCUUCACUUCAAACUUAUCAGUCCAAUAUUCAGUACUCUCUUAUCCAAAGCCAUGGUGGCGGCAUACCUUUCUAUCCUGGCAUCACUCUGCAGAAGUGGCAGGAAAGUACCAGGAACAACCUGGUUGCUAUUGAUCGGUCUGGAUUCCCCUUACACUACUUUAUAAACACCAACACCUUCCCUGAUCUGCCUCAGCCUACAGUUGGUAAAGUGGCCAUUGCAGUGAGUCAGGCCGUAGAGCGAUACUUCAAGGUCAACACACGGCCCGGGUGCGUCGACGUUAACUCUAAGAACUUUAACUUCCAAGCCAACAUUGAUGAUGCAUCAUGUGAGGGCCCUGCUACAAACCUCAGUUUUGGAGGUGUCUACCAAGAGUGUGUUCAUCUCAGCUCAGACGCAGGUCCACUAUGUGAUGCCCUGGCCCAUAAAAACCCUGACACAGGGGAUUUCUCCUGUCGUUCACCUUACACGGCCACCUUACUGAGAUCAGAAGUUAAACAGCAGGAUUACAAGACCUACGAUUGCUAUGACCAAAGCCAUAGAUGUUGGUUGGUUUUGACUUGCCAUCAGCAAGUUUGUCAGGACAAUUACCACGUUCGCUCUGCUCGCAUCAACACUUACUGGUGCUCUGUUAGCGGGAAGGCCCCAGAAAACUCAGGGUAUCUGUUUGGAGGCAUAUAUAGCCCUUCUCUCCUGAACCCCCUCACCAAAGCCAAAAGCUGCCCCCCAAACUUCAUCCCAUUAAAUGUUCUCUCGGAUGGCCAAGUGAUCUGUGUGAGUCAUGAAUAUGAAACUGGCACCAGCCACUCCGUGCCAUUCGGAGGUCUCUUCAGUUGUCAGUCAAACAACCCGCUGGCAGGGGGUCAACAUCGCUGCCCUCCUAAGUUCAGCCAGCACCUCGCAUCAGUGAGCGACGGCUGCGAGAUUCUUUACUGUGUCCAGUCAGGCCUGUUUACAGGUGGGGAGCUGCUUCCGGUCCGUCUGCCUCCUUUCACCAAACCUCCACUUGUCAGCAUGCAGGCAACCAACACAGUUAUGGUCAUGACUGAAGGAGAGAAGAGCUGGGUCAGAGUAGGGAAGACUAAGGCGUGGAAACUGGCCAACACAGAGGAAAUCAAAGAAUUUGUUCUGAAAUUUAAUCCAGAAUUGAAUCAGGUGUCUAGUGGUGAAAAGGCAGGGAUAGUCUUUGGGGUGAUUGGUAUGAUGGUGCUGGGGAUAGUGGCAGUUGUUCUUGUGAGGAAAAGGAGGAGGCUGUCUGGGGUUAGGACAGCUAGAGGCUAUGAGGAAAUACAUAGUGAGAUUAAUUGUGCUGAAGGAGAGAGGGACACACAGCAGGAGGCUUGAGAUAAACACACGUUAAAGGCUUGACAGACAAGCAAGGGAAAUUUGGUGUGACUUUCUUUUUUUACUUUCUUUUCAGUUCUCAUCUCAGGUAUCACUUUCAUCCUUUUUACAAUGAUUCAAUACUGCCCUCAAAAGGGACGAGACGCAUUAUGUCAUGGAGUAUAUAAACAUUUUAAAACCCCAUUUAGGAACCUGUAUGCUUUAUAUAAUGUUUUUCAUUGUUGUACCAUUUAUAAAACAUGUUGUCUAUACACAUUUUUUAACAGAUCAUUUUUUAAGAUAAUCUAAACACCUUUUUUAUCCAAUAUAUAAAUAAAAGGAAUAUUAGAUAUAGGAUUUAUUAUGUACUGUACUUAACUUUCGUAUCAUGCUAUUGAAAUUGUAAGUAUUCAUAAAUGUCAGUUAAACUUGUUUACACUGCACUUCACAACUAAUAAAAGUGGCACACUUUGUU